AGAGCAGCAGUGUAGGAAAAGAGGAGGAAGCAGCGAGGAUGGCGGAGUCACACCUCUGAAGCAAAUGUCGGAGGGAUUGAAAAGAAAAAAAAUCUCAACCUGAAAGAACUUCAUCUGAAGGUCCUGGGAUUGUAUGCUGUUCAGACAUUUAAACAUGUGGCCCAUGGAUGCCACAGUCCAGCUACUUCAAAGGAUUUUUUCACCCAUGGCAUUUUAACAAAGGGACAAAGUUUCAUAAGUAUCCAAAAAAUCUUUGGAUCCCAAGGCCUUUAUUCCAAGGGUAAUCAUAAAUGCGUGGGCCUGCACAGGAAUGUGUUUUCUAAAAGCCUUUUUGGUUUUCUGUCCUUUUUUUUGGAAUAAGUAACCUGACAAGCGACUCCCAUGAGCAACCUUGCAGGAUCCCCGAUAACGUCGACAUGAGUAGUACUUUAGGCAAAGAAAAAGAAUCAAAAGAAAAGGACCCCAAAGGUGGUCCGGCUGGUAAAGAAAGGGAAAAGGAGGCCAAGGCUUUGGCCAGCUUAGUCAAGGAUGGGGGCAAAGACUCAAAGACCAAAGGGAAAGAUGCCAAAGAAGGAAAGAAGGACACCAGCAGCUCAACACCAGGUGUUGCCUUCUCUGUUGACAAUACGAUAAAGCGGCCAAACCCGGCAACAGGUACACGCAAGAAGUCCAGUAAUGCAGAAGUGAUCAAAGAGCUUAACAAAUGUCGGGAGGAGAACUCAACAAGACUGGACCUAUCCAAACGGUCCAUUCACAUGCUGCCCACUUCCAUUAAGGAGUUGACACAGUUGACUGAACUCUACCUAUACAGCAAUAAGCUGCAGAGCCUGCCAGCUGAGGUGGGUUGCCUGUCAGGCCUGAUCACUUUGGCCCUCAGUGAGAACUCCCUGACCAGUUUGCCUGAGUCUCUGGACUCGCUGAAGAAGCUUCGAAUGCUCGACCUCCGGCACAACAAGCUAAGAGAGAUACCACCUGUCGUCUAUCGCUUGACAUCUUUGACCACUCUAUACCUGCGCUUCAAUCGCAUUACAACAGUGGAGAAGGACAUCCGAAACCUAUCCAAACUCACCAUGCUCAGCAUUCGUGAGAACAAGAUUAAACAGCUACCCGCUGAGAUAGGGGAGCUAUGCAGCCUCAUUACUCUGGACGUUGCCCAUAAUCAGUUGGAACACCUACCGAAGGAAAUUGGGAAUUGCACACAGAUAACUAACCUCGACUUGCAGCACAAUGAGCUCUUGGAUCUGCCAGAAAGUAUAGGGAACUUGGCAAGCAUAAAUCGCUUAGGUCUGAGGUACAAUAGAUUGUCAGCUAUUCCCAGGUCUUUAGCAAAAUGUCGAGAACUGGAAGAGCUAAACCUUGAAAACAACAACAUUUCUGUGUUGCCAGAGGGUUUGCUGUCAAGCUUGGUCAAUCUGACAAGUUUAACACUGGCAAGAAACUGCUUCCAGUCAUACCCUGUGGGUGGCCCAUCCCAGUUCUCAACCAUUUACUCCCUCAACAUGGAGCACAACCGUAUCAACAAGAUUCCCUUUGGUAUCUUCUCCAGGGCAAAAGUGUUAAGCAAGCUAAACAUGAAGGACAACCAGUUAACAGCACUGCCUUUGGAUUUUGGUACAUGGACUAGCAUGGUUGAACUUAACCUUGCCACCAAUCAGCUGACUAAGAUCCCGGAGGAUAUCUGUGGUCUUGCUUCUCUGGAGGUGUUAAUAUUGUCCAAUAAUCUUCUCAAGAAGUUACCGCAUGGUAUUGGGAAUUUGAGAAAGUUAAGGGAGCUUGACUUGGAGGAAAACAAGUUGGAGUGUCUACCUAAUGAAAUCGCUUAUCCUAAAGAGUUACAGAAACUGGUGUUGACAAAUAAUCAGCUGACUACGUUACCCAGAGGAAUUGGUCACCUCAUCAACCUGACUCAUCUAGGUUUGGGGGAGAACCAGCUGCAACACCUUCCUGAGGAGAUUGGCACACUGGAGAACUUGGAGGAACUGUACCUCAACGACAACCCCAACCUGCAUAGCCUUCCAUUUGAGCUGGCCCUCUGCAGCAAACUGUCCAUCAUGAGCAUCGAGAACUGUCCCCUCACCCACUUGCCACCCCAGAUUGUCGCAGGAGGCCCUUCCUUCAUCAUCCAGUUCCUCAAGAUGCAGGGACCAUAUCGUGCCAUGGUCUGAGCCAAGAGCAGCUCAGUGCCAGUCCUGAUGAACUCCAAACCCUCCACUUGCUCUGCACCCUUUCACCUGCCCGCCCCCAUUAUGUGUAUCAUACACUGUAAAGAAAACACACUUGUCACAAUCAGUGUCGGGGGCGGGGGGGCAAAUAAAAGGAGGAGGAAAAUGUUUCUUUUUACCAUUCUUGGGCAGAGGCAAACCAAAUCUUUGGAGACUUGACCUCUGUGUUUCUGCAGUCUAUCAUGGUCAUGGUCAAGGACCCCAGCCCACUACCCGUAACUCAUCUUUCAUUCCGAAUCAUACAAGAGGAAAUAUUUCCAUCUGUUUGCCAAAACUGAAGAUAUAUACAAUUAUAUAUAUUGAGUAACUGUGAGCUAAGUGGCAAGUCUUUCAACCAUAUAAACCGUGCUCCCAUUGCCAAUGUAUUUACAGUAAUUACAAGCAUCCAUUAUGUGAGCAAGGAUACAACUGUAUGCAAAAACAAACAAAAAAAGUCUUUGGAACUUUUAAUUUACUGCUGCUGCCGUGAUUUUUAACAUUGUCAUCUUGUUAUAUACUCUUUUGAUAGUCCCGUUUUUUUUUGUUUGUUUUGUUUUAUUUUUGGUUUUUUUUUUUUAACAUCAUCUUCCCUUGACAUAAAUUAUGUUAAUUGCUUCUUGACUAUAGACAACAAAGGUCUAAUGAUGGUGUGCUUUUUCUUUUUUUUUAAUCUUUUUCUUUUCUUUUUAAAUGUGCCUAUGUUUAGAGUGAACCAGUGGUUCAUUUCUAAACACAGUUGUCCACGAGAAUACAAAGAGAUAAAUUAUUUCAGUAACUUUUUUUUUAUUAUUAUUAUUACUGCUGUUUUUACUUUUUUUUUUUUUCCUGUUUAGGGUCUUUUUAACAGAUAGCAGCAGGAGUUGUUCAGCAUUGAGCUAGUAAAUGUAUACAUAGAGAAAUGCCAAUCACACGUGCUUGAAAAAGAGAAGCAACUUGGACUUUACUCCAAAAUGGGCGGUGCUGUGGGCCCUGUCACCUGUUAUUGAUUCUAUGUGACAAAAAAGGUAUUGAGAAACAUUAGAACAUACUUCGGUGAUGGGAUAAAUGAUGAUUUUUAUAUAUGAAUACAAAUACUGGUUGUUGCCUUGAGUGCAAUUUUUAGUUAUGUUUACUCGUUUGAUAUUAUCUUCAGUGUUGGGUUGCAUAGCUGUCAUCCAGUUGAUCAUUGACCAACAUAUCAAGCGUUUUUAAAAGACGUUUUGAGCUUCUGGAGCAAGUGGUGAGUGUAUCAAAAUUUAAAAAAAAGAAAAAUCAUAAUAAAACAUUGACAGGUAA